GGGUGGAGUCUCUCUCUGUCGCCGUUUUAUCGCCACCUUUUUAUGAACUCAUCUUAGCUUUCCCAGCAAUCCAGCUCCAACUCAAUAGUAGAUAAUUACCUAGGAGAGAGAGAGAGAAACUUACUUUUGCAAGGGAGAGAGAGAGAGGGAGAGUGAUGAUUUUUGUCAUUGUUCUUCUUUCUUGUUACGCUUUAGCUUCCUAUUUAACCCUACCUCAUCUCCAUUUUCCCUUUCCUCUGAACCUUGCUUUAAUUUUUUUCCUCUUCCUUCACUUUCUCCACUCCUCUUUUUCACCAAUCCUCGGGAUUUCAUCUGAACUCUCUCUUUUUGUAGACAGCAACUAUUUCUGAGUGAUUCAGUUCAAUUCCCGAGGAUCCCUAGCUAGCUAUUAUUUGCUCUUCCUUUCCACUUUCUAAUUUUCUUGUCCCCAUUAGUCUGGUGCUCGUGUUUCUUUGCUUGUCUUUUAGCUGUUCUUUUUUCCUUUCCUCUUUUUGGUUGGAUUGGACUAUAUUCUUGUAAAGGUUGUUGAUCAAAGGAUUCUUUUGAUCUAGCAUAUAUACACACAUAUAUAUCUCGUGAUUUGUGCAGCAAAAGAGGUUUGAAUCCAAGAUCGGAUAUGAACACCUUUUCACAUGUUCCUCCGGGCUUUCGCUUCCAUCCCACUGAUGAAGAACUAGUUGAUCACUACCUCAGGAAAAAAGUAGCUUCUAAGAGGAUCGAACUAGAUGUUAUAAAAGAUGUUGAUCUUUAUAAAAUUGAGCCAUGGGAUCUUCAAGAAUUAUGCAAGCUAGGAACUGAUGAACAAAAUGAAUGGUAUUUCUUCAGUCAUAAAGAUAAGAAGUAUCCAACUGGCACUCGCACCAACAGAGCUACAAAGGCAGGAUUCUGGAAAGCUACUGGAAGGGACAAAUCAAUUUACACAAAACAUUGUCUGGUUGGCAUGAGAAAAACUCUGGUGUUUUACAAAGGAAGAGCCCCCAAUGGACAGAAAUCUGACUGGAUCAUGCAUGAAUACCGCCUAGAAACCAACGAAAAUGGGAGUACUCCUCAGGAAGAAGGCUGGGCUGUAUGCAAAGUUUUCAAGAAAAGAAUGCCAACAACAAUACGGAAAAUGGGUGACUACGGGUCACCCUGUUGGUAUGAUGACCAAGUCUCAUUCAUGCAAGAGCUUGAAUCUCCAAACCAAGUUUCUUCUCACCAUUAUGCUUCAUACCAGCAGCAGCAGCACUACCCCUGCAAGCAGGAGUUGGAGAUGCAAUACAAUGUAACCAGGACCCAUGACGCUUUCCUCCAACUCCCGCAGCUCGAAAGCCCCAAACUUCUUCAAUCUUAUGGCUAUGAUCAUGGCAAUAAUAACAAUGGAAGUAUUUUGCAGUCCUCAUCAUCAUCACUCCCUCAACAAGAAGAACACAUACAGCAUGGCCAGCAUCAAAGUCUCCAACACUUGCUUUAUGGUAGCAAUAAUGAUCAAGUGACAGAUUGGCGAGUACUUGACAAAUUUGUUGCUUCUCAGCUCAGUCACGAACAACAUGCUUCCAAGGAUGAAACCAGUUAUUCCAAUGUGGCUGAAGAUCAAGAGCAAUUUACUUUGCUACCAAAUGGAUCUGAGAAACCUGAAAUUAACCAGAAAUAUGCUUCAACGACAACCUCUAGUUGCCAAAUUGACCCGUGGAAGUGAUCGAAGCUUUAUAACUAGAAGAUGCAUCCUAACUAUAAGGAGUAGUAGAAAGACAAAAAAAAAACCGUAUUGGUCUAAGUUUCUGUACAUAAUAAACCCUAAAGCAUUAAAUAUCUUUAAUGUUUGAACCUCUGGUGCGAGAGUAUUCACCUAA